AUGCAUUUGAUAGCUGUCGCUCACGUUUUUCUUCCUCUCUUUCUCUCUUUAUAUCUUUCUUUCUCUUUCUCUCUCUCUUUGUUUCUGUCUUUCUCUCUCCCUCACGCACUCACUCACUCACUCUCUUUUUUUUUCUGUCUUUCCCUUCCUCACGCUUUCAUUCUUUCUUUCUAUCGCUCACUCUCUCUUUCUCUGUCUCUCUUUUACGCUGUGUCUCUCUUUUACUUUCUCUCUUUCCUUCUCUUUUUCUUUCACUAUUUCUUUUUCCAUUUAUUUUUAUUUUUCUCUUUCUCUUUAUCUCUUUCUCUCUUUUUCUUUCUCUCUCUCUCACACACACACAAAUACUCUCGCUUUCUUCCUCCAUUUUCUCUCAAUUUAUUUUGCUUUCUUCUUUCUCCCUUUCUUUCUUUGUGUCUCAUACUCAGUAUUUUUCUUUUUUUUUUUUCUCUGUUGUCUUUCUAUCUUGCUUUCUCUCUUUCCCUCUUUUGCUCUCUUUCUCUCACUCUCUCUUUCUUUAGUUCACUCUUUUUCCAUUUUCUUUCAUGUCCUGAUAUUUUUUUCUUUUUUGUCGAUUCUGUCUCCGUUUUAUUUGAUUUUUCUUUAGCCUGCAUAUGGUCGCUGCCAUUCCCCCUCUUCUUCCCUUUCUUUCUUUUUCGUUUCUAUUUUAACUCUCUUUCAUACAUUCUUUUUCCCUAUCUUUCUCUUUUUUCUUUCUCUCUCUUUAUCUUUCUUUCUUUUUUUUCUUCCUUUCUAGCUUUCUCUUGCUUCUCGCUUACUCGCUCUCUUUUUCUCUGUCUUGCUCCAAAGAGUUUUAAAAAUCGGAGUUUUCGUUCUUUCUCAACGAGACGUGAAAUAAAAAAAAUACAAUGGGACAUUCUUUUCUUUUCUAGAUUUUAUUUUUCUUAUGUUCAUAUGUUUCUCACUUUGGCCCUCUCGGUCUGCCUCUCUUAUUCUUUAACCUCCCCCUCUCUCUCCUCUCUCUCUCUCUCUCUCUCUCUCUCUCUCUCUCUCUCUCACUUCUAUCUAUCUAUUUAUCUAUCUAUCUAUCUCGUCUGA